UGUUGCCCUUGAGCAGCAUAUCCAAAGCAUGGCUUACAACGACGCAGCACCUUCCUUCCUUUGUGUAACCUCAACUUCACUAACGUCUCACGUUCCUCUCAGAUACGCGUACUCAUCAUGUCUGCGGGCCCCGUGGAAAGUAACUACACGCCGUCGUAAGAAGUGAAAGGCAAGACUGUUCGAUUGACUCCAUUCGUGAACUCUGUUAUUUUUCGGAUCCCACACAUAUGGCCAACAGGACGAAGUAAUUUGUGUCCUUGCAGAUACUAGUGCUGUAGGCUUGUAUUAUUCUCAUGGCUGACGCAUUCUUCUUUGGUGAGGAUCAACUCUUCAGACGGUGAGGAGAGGACAUCGUGGUUCGGACGGGAAAGGAGACCACCAGAUCAAACCAACCAAAGACUCUUAUUAAGUUAAAUUGAUAAGCCGUCCCUCCCGUCAAGUAAUCAAUAAGAAUAUGGCGUCAUGCUGAUUCUCACUCUGAUCGCUGUGUUGAUUCUGGUCAAACACUCAAGACUCCGGUUGCACACGGAACUGCACAGAUGGGCUUGUGAGAAGGAGCAAAUGCGGGGAAAUUUGGGGUCGAUGGAGAUGCAGGACCACCCGCUGGUCAAUCGAGUAUUGGAAACUCAGUCUUGGGCUAAAUUCUUUCAGGGGAACUGCCAGUGUGUGGCAAUCCGUAGGCAGGCACAAUCGUGGUGACUGAACAAGCAAUCCGGAUCUUAGAUGAUCACAUGAGCUGAGAUGUUGGCAAGAGUCAAAGCCUAUACCAAUAAGCUCUAAUACCCUGUAACGUUGA